AUGUUCUCCCGCGCCGUCCGCCCCUUGACUGUCCUGAGCAGAGGCUGCCGCUAUCUUCUCACCCCGCACCCGUCCCUACCCCGGGCAUCAUCCUUCUCCGUCACCGCACGCUCCUCCGCCGCCAUCAACGCAGCCAUGGCGGACACAUCUGGGAUCACGCCCGAAUCUCUGAAGAGCAAGUUGAUGGAGCAGCUGCAGGCACAGCAUGUUGAGAUUGAGGAUUUGUCGGGUGGUUGCGGACAGGCCUUCCAGGCCGUCAUUGUCUCCCCCCAGUUCGAGAGUAAGAACAUGCUCGCGCGCCACCGGCUGGUCAACUCCGUGCUGAAGGCGGAGAUCGCUGCUAUCCAUGCUUGGACGCCCAAGUGCUACACUCCGGAGCAGUGGCAGGCGCUGCAGUAG